AGCACCACUGUCCUAGGGUGAAGAGCAAGCGUGAUUAUUACUUUAUUGCUUAUCUGUUGUUACAUAUUCUAGUAAACUAACUAGAACCUGAAAAGUUCAACAGAAUAAAACAUUAAAAAGUUAAUAUUACAAGUUAAUAAAAUAUCUUGGCUUCAGUGCUAAGUUGCGAACACUUUCGUCCAGAAAAGGUUUUUACGAUAUUCGCUUUGUACCUUUUUCUAUCGAUUUUCCUCAGCCCAUUUGCAAAAUGUCCAGUUUCAAGCCCAUUGAUGGUUCCAAGGAAGAUUUUCGCAAAUAUCUCGAUCGCAAAGGAGUGCUGGAUGCCAUCACUAAGGUGCUCAUCAAAUGCAAUUCGGAUCGGCCGGAGAAUGCCAUUGAGUAUCUGCUGGACAACCUGGGCGAAAAGCUUAAGGAUAAGGACACAAUCGCCCGACUGGAGAACGAUCUUAACGAUGCUCGGAACGAAAUCGAAGCCUUGAAACAAGAAAUCGACAAUUUGAAGGUAUCAGCGAAAACAGCUGAUGCGAUGAGUAACAAUAAGGAGGAAAGCGGGGAUCCCCCGGCUGUUUCCAGUAGUGCGAAUGAGAAUGAGCAAAGGGCUACUCCGGUUGCUACCAAAGGAACUCCUGAACAGGUCAGUCUUCCGCCUACUUCUGAAAGCGGUGGGGGCGUCGAAACCGUCGCCGAAAUAUCCGAGCCAGUUGCUGAACCAAAGGAAACAGGUGCGCAAUAAAAAUUUCAUUGUGAAGUUUACUUCAUUUACUUUUAGUUUAAAGAAACAUUGAAUGUUUGAUCUAAGAGUAUGAUAAUUUAGUUCAUUCCAAUCGAAGUAAAAAAAAAAAAUCUAAAACAUCUAACAGAUAGGAACAUAUCUGAAUAAAAACAGAUUUGCAUAACAGUAGACCUGUAGUACUACUUAACAUUUGGGUAAAUAUAAUCAAACCAUUCAAAAUGCAUAGUACAAUUAUGUUAUUGAUAAACAUGUGUGUGUGCGUGACAUUGAACUAUACCCAUUGUUUUGAAUGAACAGGCGAUUGUAUUCUAGUCUUACAAAAUCAUAGAAAUAUACGAAACCCUUGCCCCAGAAAUCUGCGUUAUUAAAAGUCAUUAGCUGCCGAUUAUCCUCAUUAUCUUCAAGGUAAUAUAAUCCAAAGUAUAACAUAUUUGUCAUCUGUCAUUCUUUGAGACCUUGUUAAUAUUCGACAAGCGAUAUUUUAUUGGCUUAAACGUUACAAACAUAAGUUAAGAAUUAGCUCAUUUUUCUUCAGCUGCUUUCUUUGCCUGUCUCUUCUUCACGUCGUAGUUAUGCACCCGUGCCAUGUUCACCUCGGUUGUUGUAAUCUGGUCGCGUAGGAAUUCCUGAUCAUGCUCCAGGCACUUCAAAUUCACUUCGGCCGAAUGCUUGUUUUGCUUCAACAAAUCUUCGGCCUCAUCCAGCGGAUACUCGAGCAUUACAUUGGCGCCGAGCCAAAGACAGACAGUCUUCGUAGGCGGAACACGGGUCUUCACAAACACUUGUUCACUCAGUAGAAAUUGCGUUUCCAACUCCUCGGACUGGUUCUUAAGAAUUUUUAUCAUCUCGAGACUUUUGGCCAAAUCCGGAAUCUGCUGACGCAAUCGCCUUUUGCGGGAGAUAAUAUUAAAUUCCAUGAACUUAUAUUUGCUAUGCUGUUCGUCUAAACUUUUAAGAACUUUUUCCACAUUUUCCUCGUCUCCAGACUGUUUCAUGUAUGCUUCGACAUCAUCC